GUUGAUCAGAAAAAGGCUCUUUAAAAAAAUACACACACACAACAAAACGCAGCAGCUGAAUUAGGGGGACGGGAGAGCAGUAGUCAGCUACAGCGCACUGAGGCCCGGGACAGGCUUGCGCGGUGCUCUGCGGCUGGAAGUGGCGGUGUUGCAGAUUUACAAGGCCUGGAGUCAAGAAGUAAAUAAUUCAACAGAACUUGUGGAAAUUCGUAUAAAUAUCUAUCAUCGUAGUGUGUUCUUUGGACACCACUUCAAAAGAUUAAAGAUUCAUACAGGUUUGUCAAGAUAGAAGCAAGAUGACUAAGAAACGAAAGCGUCAAGAUGACUUUCAAAAGGUUAAGUUAAAAGUUGGCAAAAGAAAACCAAAAGCAGAUAAUGCAACUGACACGAGCUUCAAGACACGUGCCAUCCAUGUUCCAGAGCAAUUGAAGAGUGUUGCAUCAUUACCAACAAAUUACCGCAAACUUAACAUAAAGGAUCUGUUGACACAGUUACACCACUAUAAUUCUGGAAUUAAACAGAGUGCCCUUAAUGGCCUCAAAGAUCUUGUAUCCCAGCAUCCCUCGAUGAUUGCAUCUUAUCUCUCGAACAUUCUCAGUGAUUUAGCGGCCUUAUUCACAGACAAAGACUCCGCAGUCAGAUCAGCAGCUGUCCAGCUUUUACGUUUUCUUGCUCCGAAAAUUUCCAGUGACCAGAUGGCUCCUUUUUUCCCUUUGGUUAGUGCACACCUCUCCGGUGCAAUGACUCACAUUCUUGAAGGGAUACAGGAAGAUGCCUUGAAGAUAUUGGAUAUUUUAUUAGAACAUUAUCCCGAGCUUCUUACAGACUGUUGCAGCACCCUACUGAAGAACUUUUUGGAACUCAUUUCACAUCAGAGAGUGUCAAAGGAAUUGAAAUCUGGGGGGAAAGCACAUUCUUGGAUGCUGUCUGUCAACCCUAACCGCCGGAUUACUUCUCAGCUUUGGAGGCUUAAUGUACUGAACAGGUUGAGAAAAUUUAUGGAAGCAGUUGUUGAAGGUUCAAACCAGUCAGUGGAAAGCGAAGCUACUUUUGAGAGUGAUGCCAGGGCUGGGUCUGAGCAUGUGACCACAUUGCAAGUCAAUUGGGAGAACUAUGCAGCUGGGCAGCAGCAUAUACAAUUGUAUGAACACUCUGGAUCCCAACCUAUGACAGUGAUUCCAUUUCGGCUGAGACCUUCACAUGAUGCUGAAGAAGGUUUGUCUUCAGUGGAGAAUCUGAAAAGCUUCAUUCAAAUCCUGGUACCUCUUCUGUUGGAGUGUUGGGUGGAAGCUUCCCCUGCUCAACCUGCUGGCCCUUCACCAGGCAGUCUACUUGAACUGGAAGCCAUGCAGCUUAAGCUGCAGGUCCUUAGCAUCAUCCAGCUGUUGUGGAAGUUAAUAAAGCACCAAGAUGAUACUGAGAAACUGGAACUCUGGCUCCGAAAUCACUAUCUUUGUGAUUUUAAAGAUCAUUUCAUCAGGCAUUUUCCUUAUUCUGUGCUGGAGACACCCAGAAACAGAAAGAAAGAUUGGGAUAAAAAGGAUAAACAAGGAGCAACAUUUAUGAACAAUGCAGACCAUUCUCUUGCAUUGAAUCUGGCAUUGUGUCAGGUCAUGGUGUCACUCACCAAUUCUUUAACUGUCCAUCAGGAUUCAGACUGGUUAGAGCAAAUACGAAAAUUUGUGACUGAAAAUUUGUCAGAUGGUAGGAAACUGACCUGCCAACAGCUGAGUGGGAUGCUAAUGCUGGUAUGGAGGCUUGUAUUGAUACAGCACAACAGAGCAGCUACAGAGGAAUUGCUAAGGGCAGUUUACACACAGUACCAGCAACAGGGACUUGCUCUUUCUGUUCGCACCAUGUUGAUCAAUUUCUUUAGCGGUCUUUACCUGAGAGAGAAAACAUCGAAUCUUCAGAUUGCUAGAAGUAAGGUGCUAUCACGUUGGCUGGCUGGAUUGCCACUACAGCUAGCACAACUUGGUUCAAAGAAUCCACUGCUUUCGGCACAACUCAUUGAUGUAAUACAUGUGGCGGCUGCUCGUUCAAGCAAAGACCUACUUCAGAGCCUUCAGAGCAAUGUCUUCAGAUUAUAUGAUCCACAAGAUGGCACUUUGGUGCUCCUUCCAUCUGAAACUCAACAUUGUUUGGUGCAGCUUGUGUAUUUCUUACCACGCAUUUCAUCGGAGUUACUGUCUUGUCUAAGUCGCUGCUGCACCAUGGGAAGGUUAUCCUCUAAGCUUGCCAUUAAUCUAAUCCGAAUACUACACACAAGGUCCUAUUUUGGUGGAUGGGGUCCUUCACUUCCCAACAGUUUAGUUACUGAUGUGGAUUACUUCAGUUUUCUAUUUUCUACAUUGACAGGAUUCUCUGGUGAAGAACUGACUUGGCUUCAGAACAGUGGCACUAAUUCUCAUAUAAGUCAGUCCCAGUUUUCAUCAAUCCGUCUUUAUGUGACUGAUUUAGACCAGUUUGUCCAUCACUGGGAGUUAACUGAGGUAGUAUGCCAAUGCUUAUCAGCAAUACCUUCCAGAAUCCAGUGCUGUGAUAUCUUGCAAAGCGCCAUCUGCAAGCAUUUGGUGGGUAUAAGUCUUCUGCCAGACAGCACAGCAGGGUCAAUCCUAAAAACUGUUGGCCAACUCAUAGAUCCAGCAUUUAUUCCCAAUGAGUCUUUAUUGAAUUUCCUUGUUGGGAGUUGCUACAGCCUCCUUUACUUCAUUCUAACUUUGGAAAGGAAUAACAGAGGAAAUGCGCAGAAAAGAGAACUGCUGUGGGGAUCGUGUCUAACAGCACUGGCCCGCAUUCCACGUUUACUACGACUGUUGCUGCAGAGUCUGCGAGUAAAUGGUACCUGCCAGGGAGAACUUCCUGUUGUUGCACAGAUUCUUCGCCUUCUGCUUCAGCAAACCCAGCUUAGACAACACAUGGUGGCCAACGCAGCAAUGGUGCAGCAGGUCAUACAGGAUAUCACGAACUUCAAGACUGAUGAUUUCCAAGAGCAGUGGUUAACUGAUCUCCAUUACUGCUUCAGAAUCUACCUUGCAGCCAGUUUCCCAGCGACCUAUUAAAGAAUGAAAUCCUGGAAAAUUAAUACCAACUCUUUAAGAAGUGUGUGCAUAAAACCAAAUAUGGGUAUGGGGGAUCUACAUCUCCAUAGUUAGAGAACAAAGUUUAUAGAUAUUCAGAAUAAGCUGACAAUCUUGUUUCUCAUAAUAAAUAAGUAUGUUAUGAAAUCCUUAAUGAUAAGAACUCAAACAUGUCCAAUGGUCAAGGAUCAUGUAAUAUCAAGAGUAAUAUACUCAUUUUGUUGGAUAAUUUCCUAAAAAUUUGCAUAUACUCAGCAUAUUUGCAGGGAAUUUGUGUUUAAAAAUAAUAAUCUUUCAAGGUUGCAGAUGGAUUUCUUAACAUCUGCAGAAUCUUGUGUAAAAGCCUUUCAAGGUUGUAUUCUGUCAAAGUCUUUAAGAUUUAAAUUUGUAUGUGCCAUUUUAUUAAAUUUUCUUAACCAACUACAGCUAUGCCUAAUGCUGUAUAGCUUUGUUCAAAUUGGAUUUUGUCUUCAAAACACAAUUAUAUGGUUAUGAAAAUACUCUAUACUUUGCAUAGCAUUUUUUAAAAUAAAUUUUUCAAUUUCACCCUUAAUUAUGUAUCCUUCCAACUAUUAAGGAAUUACAGUUCAGAGAUUUGUUAGGUUUUGUUUGUAAUCAUUUAUUUUGUUACACUAAUAAACAAUAUGAAUAAAAACUUUUAAAUGUAUAUACAUUUAAUAAAAAUUACAAAAAUAACAUCUGUAAUAUGAGGCAUUUCUGAUUCAAAACCUCGUUUAACUGAAUAAUAACAUGGUUUUCUUCACAUGGUUAAGCACAGAUGGAGCAUACUGGAGCACAAGUCGGGUAAGGUGUGGGUGUGAAAUGUAUUUGUACCAUUUGCGCAAACCAUAAUUGUUUGCUAUUGUGAUCAACUUAGAUUUCCCAAAUUUGAAGUAUAAUGGACUGUUUAUAGUUGGUGCUUGCACACGAAUAGUUCGGGAGAUCUUAUGCAAUAGGAAUAACAAUUCUAUUCUAUCAUAAUUGGCAGUACAUAAUAAAACCACAUUGAAAUUGUACAGCAAAUAUGAGAGCUAGAUAAAUAUGCUUAAAUUUCCAGAUGAUUCUGUUAAGUCAUUUAAAAACAUGUAAACUAAAUGACAUAAGAUUUUAAGUAUAUAGCAUAGAGGAUUUUUUUUUGCCUGAUUUUAAUUCAGACUUACAAAAAAGUUGAAUUUGAAUCGAGCAUAAACAUGUGUGCCAAAGCCAUAACAAUUUUCAGGAGUUAUAUUUCGUAAUAUUCAAUGCUCAAGCUAUUGUAUAGUAUACUUUCGACAGUAUUCAGUCUGAAGCAGGUAUUAAAAGGCAUUUGAGGUGAUGUACUGAACACUAGGUGCUUUGGCUACCUGAAGGGUGAGCUAUUAACAGCUCAUCAAUAAUAUUUCAUAUUUAUUCUUGGUUAUUCUUUUUCUCUGUUGCAUGACUUUGUAAGAAAAUGCUUCAAUUUAUGGAUGGUCUCAAAUAUGUCACUUAAAAAUAAAUUCCACUGAAAAAGCAGAUUGAAUGAGUCUCCAUGGAGAUGCAUAUAGAACAACUAUAGAGGCUACAUUUUAUUUUGACUUUUAUGUUAACUGUUCACUAUUAGGAACUUUAAUUUGCCUGAGCCCUUACAUGACUCGAGUACCUAAUACAUUGAUUGUCUAAGUGGUCUGAAUAAGAACUCUAUCAUUAUAUGCUGCAGUUAUUAUGUAAAAUUCAUUUUAAUUAAUAAUAAAUCCAUUCUAAGAAUUAAAAAACUGAAAAGGAGCUAAAUGGGAGUUCAGCUUUGAAUUGCAGUUGAUCUAUAAUUAAACUGGAAGUAUUAAAAUACUAAAUAUAUAAAGGAGCAUGUGCAGGGAAUGCCUAUAAUUGCUCCUGCAAAGUUAUUUCAGAAGCAUUUAGAAAAUGGAUACUAUCUGAGAUCAUUCUUACAAAACAGAUUGAGGAAGGGAGAUGGAUGCCUUUUCAUACAGGUAGGAAUUGGAGCUGGGGAUCAACAAAAGGAGAAGAGAAAAUGUUUUUGAUCCCAGAACCUAGAUUCCUGAAAUUCUCACUUUAUAAUUAUGUUCCAUGAUUAACAUAGGGUUGGAGAUAGUAUGUUGAAGGGAGAAGUUUAGGUUCAUGGUGCCUAUCUUGAACAGAGUUCUUUCUCAAGAUAUAACAGCGCCCAUGUUCUCAAUAGAACAGUAUACGAAGGGAAGUUGUUGAUUAAAGGGUUUUAAAAAUAAAAAGCAGGUGCUGGAAAUGUGAAAAAAGGUAUUAGAAAUCAAUAGGAGGUCAGGCUGCAUCAGCAAAGCAUUAAUAUUUAAGGUCAACAACAUGGCAAACUUCAUUCGCAUGGAAAACACUGCAUCCAUAAAGAAUUUUUUUUAGCAUUAACAUUUGAAGUGAAAGUGUUGUGAGAUAAGGCCAAAACAGAAGGAUUGAUUGUAGACUCUUACUAUAAGUAAAGAGCUGAAAUAAUCAAGAUUUAUCAUGUCUGCAAGAAGAAAACUACAUAAUUUGUAUAUGAUAUUGUAAUAAAACUGAUCAUCUGUUGUCCAAUUAUUCGGAAGGCUCAACAAUGUGGUAUGUGACUCACAUGGUGAUGUUUCCCACCUUCCCUUUAAGCUCACCAGAAUCUUUCUUCAUGAGCUCACUGGAACUCUCUCUCUCAUGCUCCUUCCAUACCCAGUAGGGUGUCGAAUCCCACACUUCCUUUACACUUGCCUUAGCCCCAUGUCCUGUGCUGCCCAUACACUCACCAGAGUGCCAUUUCCUGCUUUUUCAUCAGCCCACCACUGAAGUCCCAAGUGUGCCGUAUUAACAGUGCUGUAUACCACAUCUGCAGGUGCACAUUUUGAAAGCAGUUAAGUAGGAGUACUACAUAUGUGUUAUGCAAAAGAUCUAUUGCAUUCUGAUCUGAGAAUACAUUAAGAAAAAAAUAUAUAGAUUAUGGCUUCAGGCCAUGUGCUGGAAAAUGGGAAUAUCAUUGAUAGGUAUUUGAUAGCCUACAUGAAUAUAAUGGGCCAAAGGACCUUUUUCUGCUAUGCAACCAAGCAACUGUUUUAACAUGCCUGAGGUGAAAUAUUUUAUAAGGAAAGAUGGGAGAAUACAAAUGAACUGAAAAAAAGCUUUCAAAGGAGUACAUGAGCAAUAAUGUUUAAAAAGGUCAAAUUAUGUUAUUGAAAACUUAGAAAAGCUUUUAAGACAUAUUAUCUUUGGUUUUACAACUAGCAAUUAAAAGUACAAAAACAAAGGUAUUAGUAAAUGCACAAAUAUCUUGUGGCAUAUUUCAGAUGCUGUAAGAUCAAAUUGGAGUUGAAAGGCUUUAGUUGUGAGACUGGGAAAAAAGACUAUUAAAGGCCAGACAGGCAUGCGAUAUCUUGAGGUAGAUAAGAAAAUCUGUUUCUACCGGGUACUGAAUUGAUAUCUAAAGGACCUGCAGCUAGAUUUUCAAAUGAACAAAAGAGCUGGUGAGAUUACUUUUGUAUUUUGACAUUGUUAAAUGUUCUGGAAUGGUCUGCACACAUGGACACAUCUCUGAAAAUGUUUAAAUGGAAUGGGCGAAGAGCAGAGUGGUGGAAACUGGUACAUCCAUCUUUCAGAUCGCUGACAUCUGGCACAAUAGACUGAAUGGCUGCUUUCUGUCACACAGCUUCUAUGGUUUCAGCCAGCUGAUCUCUUAAGAGUUUUAAUUUCCUUUGGUAUAUUCAGUGAUUUUUAUCCUGGAAUGUCCUUAAGAAUGUGUCCCAAAUUUGCUCUUUAAAUCAGCAAGCCUAUGCGUAAGUGUAGGGAUGCUUGUUUCUUCCCUACUUUUUUCCAGGAGUACCCGUACAGUCAUAGGGGCUGAGAUGAG